GUUCUUGCGUUUGGUCGUGUUAUCGAUUUAUCUAAGUAAUUUUAUCCGUCUGUUAAUUCGUGUGCUGCCUUUGAAUCAGGCUAAAAACUCUUGGAUUUCUGUUUAAAUUGAACAAACGCUUUAAGUGCGAAACUGGACACGCGAGUGGAAUUGGUACAGUGCUGUAUCGGUGUCAGUGAAGUGGGGCUGAUCGCGCUACGACAUCGUCGUGCCUGAGCUGGCGUCGUCGUCUCUCCGAUUCUCGCGAGGCAUUGCUAUCUGAAAUACAGAAAAGUUGGGAUAAUAUCGCAGUACCUACUUGGAACUGGGUGUGAACCUAGAUAUGUUCGGUGUGUGAAAUUUUAUGUAAUUCUGUUGAUAAAAAACUUAUAAAGUGAAUUCAUAGAAAUAUAUGUGUGUGUGUGUAUUCUGGAUUUGAAUUAUACUUAGUGCAAAGAGCAAGUGUAAGUUUCUCCUAUUGCUUUCGACUGUAAUGCUCAACAAACAAGUGAUUUGUGUAAUAUUUGGAUUGUUUCGAAUUUGGAUUACCAGCAGCCCAAUGGCCUUCGCCGUGCAGAGACAAAAACCGGAGUCAUGAACGGGAACAAGGAGUGCCAUUCGCAUCAAGCCGGAUAACUGAAUCAAACGUGUUCAGUGGACGGAGCACAUAUUAUGGAUGUCAGUUUAGUUAACAAUGUACUGGAAGGGACGCGACAGUAUUUUAUGGGAGUACCGAGGCAGGCGCAGGCCGAGAGCUCUGGUCAAUCCGCGUGGUCAACAAAUACCCCAUUGCCCGAAGAAGGUGCGCCGGCACAAUCUGGAGCACCUGCGCCCUCAUCACGCCCCCCUUCAGCUGCAGCAGCCCCACCAACAACUUCGACCACGAUGUCCGCCGCAGUACCGCCCCGGCCUCCGUCUGAGCCGCUCGAGCCCGAGCCGCAUAUCAUCCACAAAGCGACAGUAAUGCGUGAGGCGGCUGAGAAACGACGGGAGAUGCCUGAAGUCGAAGACGAGGAGGAAACAAAUGAUGCGCUUUCACCACCCUCGCAUAUUAUUCGCAAGCCUCAAAGACCGGUACAAUCACCGGCGCCAGCGCCAGCUGCAAAUUGUCCAUCACCAUCUCGACCUCCUUCAGCUGCACUUCCGCCACCUCCUCCACAAGAACCUCAGAUAGAAGCACCGGCGCAAUACCGGCAAGCGGUUCAUCGUGUACCAACUCCUACGACGAGACCUCCAGAUCAAUUUGCGCCUGGGCGUCCACCAGAUCCUUAUACAUCAUCUAGGCCACCCGAGCAGUAUCCCCGUUAUCAUUACGAAUCGAAUGUUGCCGAUGGGGGUAGAAAUUCACAUGGACCUCCAGUAGCUUCGCCUCAACCAUCGGGCGUGGCACGACAAAGUCCACAAACUUAUGCGAGGAUAUCUAGUUCGAUGCCACAUCACACCACUUCUCGAUUACGGGAGGCCGCCGCCCACAGCCCGCCUGCGCAGAGAUACAUGAUGCCAGCCGUUCAGCCGCCGCCUCCACACAACGACCGUGUGCCACCAAUACAUCAUCCCCAAUCAUUGCAUCCACCACAGAGACAUGACGUCCGAUCGGCAGCUGUUUAUUCUUCUUUGCAACAGCGAAGGGAUCCAUCUCCAUAUGGUAGAGCAUCAACACAUUACGAUAUGCAUCCAGCGGUCCCACCUCGGAAAUAUGAUCCACAACAGGCAUAUCCUGGUUAUCGACCCGCUCCAACACCACCUCAGCCUAUACCUACACAUCGUAUUGAAACGCAUCACCCAGUUCAAUACAAACAAACUGUGAUGGAAUCCAUGAGUCCACAUUAUGCCGUGAGAGCGUCUGACCGCACAGCGGUACCACCGCAACCACAUGCGCAUGAUGCCACGCGUUUACCAGCGCGACUUGAGUACCAAACCAGCAGUAGAAACAUUGAUUCCAGAGGUGCAUAUUCUUACCCUACGGCUUCAACGUCAACUGCUAGAUAUGCUUCAAAUACUUCCGUCCCCGAAGUGCAAAAUACUCUAUUGCAGUCCAAAAGCGGAUACCGUCCAGCAGCCGCGCCUAAAUCUAGUUACGAAUAUCCAACAUCAACCCCCGUCCAAACAUCACCAGCGCGAUCGACAGUCAAACCUGGUUACCCUAAUCAGCAAGCUCGAAUGACUGUUUCUGUUACAUCUUUAGUAAAUCAAAUGAAUCAAACUAAACAUAAAUUGCCUCAUCCAGCAACGACACAAACACAACCGCUAAAUCAAAUAAAGCAAAAACGGGAGUCACCGUUGGAUCUUUCAGUGAAAACCGUUAAAAAUUCAGCAGACUCAUCGACGACUCACGACGAUGUUAUUGAUUCACUGACAGCAGAAAACAAAACAUUAUCUUUACAACCAAGACCUUCUUCAAGUCAAAGGUCGAAUCCUUCUAAUACUGGUUAUGUGGCAUCUCAUAAAGUAGAUUUUGCUCCAAACUUUAACCAAUACCGAGAUAGAGGUAACAGUCAAAACUUUAGUACUCCAGUUCAAGCAAGCCACCAUAGUCAUCAUACGCCAGUACGGUAUAACGGUGCUUACGAAACAAGGCGUCCGUUACCAGAAUCAUUUACUGUAGAAUCUCAAAACCCAAUAUACAUAGACCAGAAUAAGUACAGUACUGCAAGAGGACGAAACGAACAUGUUCCUAGAAUAGAUCUUACAAGACCGAUUAGUGAUCAACGCCGUCCCGAAAAUAGGAUACGAGAUGAUAGACACUUUAUAAUAGAAGAAAGAAAACGGCCUAUGGGACAGCCUGUUAGUAACAUUCCUGAGAAGAUAGUCCGAUACGAAACAUGGACAUCAGACAGCCGGAUAGAUCGCAUUAGUCAGUCAACAAAAGAACAGCAAGAGUUAAUGAGCAGACCGGUAUACAGUUAUAGUAGCCAUAAGCAAUUUGAGGCUUAUCAAAAUGAACAAAAGAGGCCUGUAGCCUCUAAUAUAUAUAGAGAACAUUAUCCCCAUGUUAGUCAUAGAUAUCCUAGUAAUUCGUAUGUCCCUGAAAUUCCACGUAGAGAACCAAGUGAACAUGUACACCACCAACAUUAUUAUGAUAAAAACCAAUCAACUAGUACUCGUCAUCACGUUAUACAAAAGCUUCCAAGUCAUAGAGACGUUCAUCCACACCAUUUAGAAGUUCAUAAUGGUAUUCCUGCAGACAAGAAUGUGUUGAGCAUACUAAGAAAUAGUUUAGAAACAAAACAAACAGGAUAUGUAGAUCCAAGCAGACCAGCAAAACAUAUCCCAGAUCUCAUUGUUAUAGAUGAUGUUGAUGAUUCUGUGAUAGAAAUAACUGAUCUUACAAAGGAUAAUGACAAUGAAAUUACUAGCAAAGAUAUUUCAAAACAUAUUCGUAGUCAAAAUAAUCAUAAUUCGUCAUUAAGUAAUCAUAUUAAAAUGCCUCGAGCCGUAGACUCUUUACAAAGAGAUACAGAUUAUCAAAGAUUUGAUAAUAGUGACCAAAAAAGUAAGUCUCCCGAAUAUGAUGUGGCUUCAAGGAUAAGAACUAAAGCAGAACUAAAGGUUAUGCCGCCAUCGCAGGAUUCAAAUGCGAAAACUGAAGGAACUCAAGAUAUGUCAUCAGGACAUAAAUUGCUACCCAAAUCUCAAAAGCAACAUCUAUUUAAUCAAAUAAGAGAAGAUAAUCUGCGUCUCGAAUCAGUAAUAAAAUGUGAAACUUCGGAAAAUGUAAUUCCCGAAGUAAAGACAGAACCAAUGAAUAUCGAUGAAAUUGAAAAAGAUGCGGAAAUAUCCAUCAAAACUGAAAAAAUACUCGAAUCAUUAGAACCGGAAAAUGUGAAUACAUGUACUGAUGAUGUAUUUGAAGAUGACUUAGAUUGGGCAAGUGCUUGUGAUAGUUUUGUUGAACAACUGAAGACAGGGUGUCAUAAGAAGAAGACUGGUAGAAAACGUAUAGAUACGAUAGAACGUGAGAUUGAAAAUAAAACUGAUAAAGAACAAUUAAAAAUGGAAACAGGUCAGACUGAGCUUGUAGGAGAAAAACACACUCAACACCUGUCGGAAAAAUCCGACAUUAUUAAGCCGCUAGUGGAAAAUGUAACUGUAGUGCCCGAAGCGAAAAAUAAUAGUGUUGAUAAUUUUGAACUACCUGCUAUAGAAAUAAAAAAAGAACCUUUAGAUGAAGAUGAAAUAAAAAUGUCUGAGCCAUCAUCAUCAAUUUCACAAUCGAAUAAGAUUGUAAUUAGUGAAAAAGAAGAAACCAAAACCGAAAACAGUAAAAAAGAUAAGAAAAAUUUUAAAGAAAAUGACAAGACUUCAAAAAAUAAAAAUAAAUCUACACCUAAAAAGUCUGAAAAGCGCGAAAGUUUUGACUCACCACCACUUUCAAUAAUUAAACAAGAAACUAUAGAAAAAGAACCUAUUAAAACAAUAAUAAAAGAAGAAUCAGAAUCGACAGACGAUGAUGAGCCUCUUAUCAAAAGUAAGUUACUUAAAGAAAAGGAAUUGAAAUUGAAAGAACAAACCAAUAAAGACGAACUGAAGAAUAAAGAAAAAGAGGCGAAGAAUAGAGAAAAAGAACCGAAGAUUAAAGACAAGGGACCGAAGAACAAGGAGAAAGAUCAGAAAAAUAAAGAAAAAGAUCAGAAGAUUAAACAAAAAGAACUUAAGAUUAAAGAUAAGGUCCCAAAAUAUAAAGAAAAUGAACGAAAAUUAAAAGAAAAAGAGCUUAACUAUAAGUUAUUAAAGGACUUAUCAGAGAAAUCAGCGUAUGUAAAGUUAGAGUGCUGUGAUGUUGAUGUAAAUAAAAAUAAUAGAAAAUCUAUCGAAUCAAUAACAAAGGAAAAAGAAGAAAAGAUGAGUAAAUGCAAAUUUGGUAAACAAAGUUUGCGUGUAAAAGGUAAAUCUUUGUCCGCUGAAAAGAAUGAUAAACAUAACAUAGACUCGAGUUCAGACAGUGAUGAUGACCUUAGCGUUGCAACACGCUUACGUGUUCGAAAAUCCGUCAAAAGUGAAGAUAGCAAAGAAAAGCCCGCGACUAAAACACCAGUUAAACCAUCACAAGGUAAAAAGCAAGAUUCAAGUAGUACAAGCAACUAUUCAACCCCCGUUCGUAAACCAGGUUUUGGCGAUGGUUCUGAUUUUCAUCCAGGUUGGGAAGAAGAAUUAUAUAGAUAUAAACGGUCACUACGGAUGCCCACUAGACUCAUCGCCAUUCCGCGAGGACGUUCCGGCGGACCAUAUGCAAGAGGAUCAGCUGCAAUGUUUUCUCGUGGUGCAACAUCUCUUCCAGAUCUUGACCCUCCUCCACUUUCGCCUGCACCUUCAUCUGCCCCAUCAGCAGCUACAGACGAUUUAUAUUCUAGACGUCCUGACAAAAUGACUAUGGAUAGUGAUUUAGAUUCUAAUUCUAGCUGCUCUGUUCCUAAUAGGUUACAAUAUGAUUCAGAAGCUUCCACGUCUACGGUAUUUUCUUCAUCACUUGUGAAGAAAAAGAGCAGCUCGAUUGUUGAUGUUUUAAUACAGAAAUGUGGCAGAAAGGAAGAAUCGAAAAAGAAAUCCAAAGAUAAAGAAAAGGAUGAAAGAUCACCGAAAAUAAUACCUAAAUGCUCUAAUACAACAGAAUUACUGCCAACGCCCAGUUUAGGACUGGUGAAAAAUGGAAACAAAGAAACUUUGAGUACAAAGAAAGAAAAGAUUAUGGAGGAAAUUUAUUACUUAGGAGCCUUCCGAAAAGAAACAGUUGCAGCAUUUAGAAAUGCCUUUAUUAAAAAUACAGAUGGUCUAAUAGGCGCCACGGAAGAAUUUUCCCCAGUUGUUUUGAAAACAAGAACUAGGACAGAAAGUAGAGUGUUGAAGCACAGAGCAACAAUUAAAGAAGUUUUCGGUGACGAAAGACCUGCGUCAGCACCACCCUCAUCUUGCAGGGAAAGUGAUUCACAAGAUAUAGAACUACCAAUACCAAAAAUAGAAAAGGAACCCGAAGAGUCGGUAUCCAAACCAAAAUUCAAACCAAAAAAGAUCAUGAAAGAUAAAAUGAAACGAAGUUCUAGUACAAUUAGAGAUGGCCUGAGAAGUACUAAGUCUUUAAAAAGAAACGAUGCAAAAGGUCGCCUCCUUAGACUCAAAAAAAGAAACAGUCUCAUGAAAUCACUACCAAGUAAACGAAUGAAAGAAUUGGCAAUGAAUAAGCAUAAAAAGGAAAGCAACACUUCCAACGAAGAUAAAGAUAAGGAAAAAGAAGAUAUACCACCAGAAGCUACGGAAGGAAAUAAUAAAAGACGUCUAAAACGUUUAUUUGGAAGAAGGAAAUUUAGCUCUGGUUUCGAUUAUAUACGGAAAAAGAAAAAGAUUAUUCGAAAAGAGGACAGUAACACCAAUACACAAAAUAAAAUUCGUCGCCAAGCACCUAAACCAAGUCCUGAAUCAGAGCAUGAUAUUCACAAAGAAAUCAAAAGCUGGUUUAUCAACAAAAGCAUCGGAGAAACUCAUCUUCAUCGGGCUGCAAGACUUGGAUAUACGGACUGCGUUGCAUAUUGUUUGGAGAAGAUGGACGCGGACCCUUCGGCAAAAGACAACGCAGGGUUUACGCCACUCCACGUGGCUGCAGCUAGAGGGCACGUGAGGAUUGCCAGACUACUACUCCAGUAUGGUGCUAACGUGUCAGCAGCCGCCCAGGGUGGAAUAAGACCAUUACACGAAGCUUGCGAGAACUGCCACGCAGAAGUGAUCAGACUUCUUCUCGCCUACGGAGCCGAUCCCCUCCUCGGAACAUACGCUGGUCAAACUCCUGAAGAGCUGGCUGAAGGCCCCGCAGCCAAGCUGGUCCGGCUGCACAUAGCUGACGUCCAGGGUCACGCCUUCGAGCCCUGGAGGUUUCCACAUCCAGCUGAAAUCGUCGACUAUGAAGAAAUAGGUUGUGACUCGCUAUCCUCGCCCCCGCCGGCGUCGCCGCCGCCGCCCCCGGACUCCAUGAUGGAGAUCCAGUGCACGGAGGCUCCACUGCCGCCCUUCUACAGCCUCAGGACUGCGACCGGGCAGCCUGCCGAUGGACUCUGGUGCUUGCUGCAGGACGUCACUAACAUAUUACAGAUAAAAUCAAAAGAGAGCUUACUGAAGCAGAUCCACUGCGGGUCUGGUUCGCCAAAGGAACUGCUUCGAGAAAUUCGCACCCAGGAGUUCUUGGAGCGUGCGCAGUGCCAUCAACUGCUGUGUGCGGGGGAAAAGGUCAACGUACGAGCCUCCAAAGUGGCCCUUAUAAGGGUCACAGACAAACUUAGACAACUCCUGAAGAUCGAGACCAUCCUUGUUAGCUGACACUAAGAAUACUUAGACCAUUAAAAUCAGAACAAUGAGGCAAGAGAAGGCUGAAGCAUAGACCUCCACAGUACACUCGUAUUCUUCGUGAAAAGCUAAGCGAUCUACCAAGCAA